UACCUCCUCAGACUCUCUGGAGCUGCUACCGUCGGACGUAUACUGUACUGGCAUCUAGGCCCUUAGCUCGGAUCAACUCCGGUUCAAGCGGGCGGAACUUCUCAAGUCCCUUCAUGUGUAGCUUCCUCCUGUUUUCGGGAACUACCUAGUACCUAAAUCCCGCCGUCGUUUUUUUCGGGAAUCGUGUAUUCCCGCUUGUUCUCUGAUUUCCGAAGCAUUUUGGAAUAGCUUCCUCCUUCAUGUGGUCGUGGUCGCUAUUUUCCUCGAGCUCCUUUCCUUCAACGGCGACGGGUACAGCAGCAAGCGUUCAUGCCAACGGUUAGCGUCGUUGUUUCGCUUGGACGAUCACUAAUCUCUAUAGAUCCGCCGGCUUGUUGAGCUUAAGAUCUCAACGGUUAACGAGCUUGCUGCUUUCCGUUGUUAACGGGUAUUUAACCGCCUGAUCACUGUCGGCGUGAUCACUGCCUGUUUUCCUUUCAACUUAUCGAAACUCCGGUCGUGUGUCUGGGUCAAUAUUAUUUGGUCGCGCUAUUCACGGAGCGACAGCCAUUAUUCCUUGGCAGCAAGAGCUUUAGCAGAAGUAGUUUAUUGUAGGCACUAUCAACAGCAGCAGCAGCAUCAGCAUCAACCGCAGCAGCAGCAAUAGCAGCGGCAACGCCAGUCCUUCACGAUGGGGGACGCAGCCGGUUUAAAGACCUUCACCGCCGAAGACUCGACGAAGCCACGAAUAGCUACUCGCGGGAAAACUCGCUCGGCCGCGGCGGGUUCGGCACGGGGUACCGCGGGAAGCUCGCGGACGGGUCCGGUGCUUGUAAUGAAGCUGAACCCCGAUAACACCCGCCAGGCCGCGGAGAAAUUCACGCGCGAAGUGACCAUCCUCACGCGCGCGGACCACCCGCACAUCGUCAAGCUCCUCGGGUACAAUCCCGAGGCACGCUGUAUCGUGUACGAGUCCCUCCCGGCGGGGACCCUCGAGGACCGUCUGCUGACGGAAUCCGGACGGAAAACGUUAAAGCAGAAGGACCGGCUGAGAAUCGCUGCAGAGGCGUCCGAAGCCCUGCUCUUCCUCCACCAACUGGACCCCCCGAUCCUCCACCAAGACGUGAAGCCCGGAAACGUGAUGCUGAAUGAGGACCUGUCUUGCAAGGUCGGGGGAGUGGGCCUGGCGAAGUUCCUCCCCGCGAACGACUCGUCCAUCUGGGGCACCGUGGGGUACAUCGACCCGCUGCUGCUGCGCACGGGGAA